CGUUUAUUUACAUCACUGAAUUUUGAUUUAAUUUCCCUCGAAUCGGGAAAAGUAAAACUGAGCUUAAAAUUAUGGCGCAGUUCUGGAAACCGGGAACCGAGAAGCCCCGCCUCCUCGAGGACGAGGAUGGCGGUGUUAUUUUCUUGUCAUCUUCUUACUCUUCAUCUUCUUCUGGAUAUGGGUACGUGAGCAUUGAGAAGCGAAGACAGAGGCUUCCUGUUUAUAAGUAUAGAACUGCUAUUCUUUAUUUAGCGGAGUCUUACGCUACUACCAUUGUUGUUGGUGAAACGGGUAGUGGUAAAACCACUCAAAUUCCACAGUUUUUAAAAGAAGCUGGUUGGGCUGAUGGUGGGCGUGUUAUAGCUUGCACGCAACCAAGACGACAAGCUAUGCAGGAAGCUUUGAACUCCUAUUUGUCUGCAUCUUCAUCUUUUUCAAUUGAAUGUAAAUGUAACAUUCAUAUCUAAUCAGAUCGCUGAGUCCAUGCCAUAGCAUAUAGUAUUCGUUGUUAUUCAUUUUAUAUUUAAUUUAUGAGCAAUAAUAUAAUAUAAUAUAUCAUAUUUCAGUUCUUAUACAAA